UAAUAUAAUAGAGAGAUUACUAAUUAAUGGGCCUAAAGAAGAAACCCAACGUUGGAAGAUAUUAGCCAAAAACCCUUUGCCAAACAAAUCCGAGCUCUGAUCGCCGUCUUCAGGUAAUAACCCUCGCCGAUCUCUUUCACCGGAACUCUCGUAUCUGCUUCCCCCAGAGAGACAUAAAAGGAUGAGUGGGUUUAGAGCAUUCAAAGCACAGGUGCCCAUUCAAUGGAGCGAGAGCUUGUACAUAACCUUAGUGAGAGGUCUCCCUGGAACCAGGAAGCUUCACAGGCGUACACUCGAGGCUAUGGGACUCCGCAGAUGCCAUCGCACUGUUUUGCACUCUAACACUUCUUCCAUUAGAGGAAUGAUUCAACAGGUUAAAAGGAUGGUUGUUGUUGAGACGGAGGAGAUGUUCAAAGCUCGCAAAGAAGCUGAAGCCAACCACAAAGCUCUCCGCCCUCCGCUUGUUGUCAGUCAUUCAAUCCCUGCAACAGGCUCAUCCAACAUGUCUUAGAGUAUUUCAGAGGAUGGUAAUAAGAAAUGUGGGUAUCAGUGGGUUUUGUAUACGCUGGAUACUUAUGUAUGUUUGCUCUCAUUUUUGUCAAAUCCAUCUGUUUGGUUACUCUUUUGUGUGUUUCAAUGUUUGGAAUGAGAUUAUUGUCAACAUA